ACGGCGCUGGCCAUACUGGGCAGCAGGGUCAGGCCCGCCCGCUGCGCCCUCCCGGCCCGCUGCGUCCCGCAGGUCGCGCGGCGCCGUCGAGGGCAGCGGCUGCGGAGCGAGCGGGCCGGGAGGCAGCUGCGGAUGAUCCAUGGCAUCUCUGUUUAUUUGUGAGUAACCAGAAAUGCAAACAGCCCCUCAGGGGAUGAAGCUAAACGUAAAGAAGUUUCUAAGAAGCUUUGGAGUGCGUCAUGGAUUGUAAGACUGAGGGAAAGGAAAAGUACCAACAUAGCUUGAAUUUGCUCAGUAAGAUCAAGAACAUGAAAGAAUUAGCGGAAAUGAUUGAUGUAGUACUCAUAGCAGAAGGGGAGAAAUUUCCCUGCCACAGGCUGGUCCUGGCUGCAUUCAGUCCCUAUUUCAAAGCCAUGUUCACCUGUGGACUACUUGAGUGCACGCAGAGGGAAGUCACACUGCACGACAUCACGGCAGAAAGCGUGUCGGUGAUUCUGCAGUACAUGUACAGCGCGGCUCUGGAGAUCAACAAUGCCAAUGUACAGACGGUAGCCAUGGCUGCCUACUUUAUGCAGAUGGAAGGAGUCUUUGGCAUGUGUCAGAAGUACAUGAUGGGCCACAUGGAUGCUUCCAACUGCGUCGGGAUCUAUUAUUUUGCAAGGCAGAUUGGAGCCGAAGACUUGUCUGAUCAGUCGAGGAAGUACUUACAUCAGCACUUUGCCGAGGUGAGCUUACACGAAGAAAUACUAGACAUUGAGCUGCACCAAUUCCUGACGCUCAUUGAGUCAGACGAUCUGAACGUGUCCAGGGAGGAGAACAUUCUGGACUUGGUUCUGCGAUGGGUGAAUCAUAACCAAGAGCUGCGUGCACAGCAUCUCGUUGAGCUUCUGAAGCAAGUCAGAUUGGAACUUAUAAAUCCUUCCUUCUUGAGACAGGUCUUGAAAAGGAACACCAUGCUUCUGUGCGACGCAGGCUGCAUUGACCUCAUUCAGAGUGCAUUCAAAGCAAUCAAGACACCCCAACAGCACCCCCUGAAUCUCCGCUACGGCAUGGAGACCACCAGCCUUCUGCUGUGCCUUGGCAACAAUUCUUCAGGGAUCAGGUCACGACACAGGAACUACGGGGAUGCCAGCUUUUGUUAUGACCCCGUGUCACAGAAGACCUACUUUAUCUCAUCUCCCAAAUAUGGGGAGGGCCUAGGAACCGUGUGCACUGGGGUGGUCAUGGAGAAUAACACUAUAAUUGUGGCUGGAGAAGCGAGUGCCUCCAGGCUCUCUAGGCAAAAUAACAAGAACGUUGAAAUCUAUAGGUAUCAUGACAGAGGAAACCGGUUUUGGGAAAAGUUAUGCACUACUGAAUUUCGGGAGCUCUAUGCUCUGGGAAGCAUCCACAAUGAUCUCUACGUUGUUGGAGGGCAGAUGAAAAGUAAAAACCAGUACCUUAUCACAAACUGUGUGGAUAAGUAUUCUGUAGAACAGGACAGCUGGAAAAGGGUGUCUCCUCUCCCACUGCAACUGGCUUGUCACGCCGUGGUGACAGUGAAGAAUAAACUUUAUGUGAUCGGAGGCUGGACCCCUCAGACGGAUCUUCCUGAGGACGAGCCCGAUCGCCUGAGCAACAAGCUGCUGCAGUACGACCCCAGCCAGGACCAGUGGCGGGAGCGCGCGCCCAUGCAGCACUCCAAGUACCGCUUCAGCACGGCCGUGGUCAACAGCGAGAUCUACGUGCUGGGUAAGAGGCAGCGGCACUGAGCGUGCACGCAGCCCUACCUUUCUCAGUGCUUGCUCCAGAGAGAAUGAGUUGCUCUCCCUUCCCUGACAUCCCAGUUCAAAUAGAUACAUAACUGGCCAAGAAGUCUCAGUCAAAUAAGACUAAAUGGAAGUGCACUGGCUUUGAGAGCAAAACCGUUUCUGUGGCAUUUCGAGCAGCUUGAGAUGUAAACGCAGAACUGAGGCAUCCUUACACAUCCUGCCUGGCGCCACACUUUGACACGAGGAUAGCCUUUGGCCACUUUUCGCCAAUGAAACGUGGGGUUUGUCAACCUGCCGUGACUGUGCUAUUCGAAAAGGAGGCCAGGAGAGGUAAGACGGCUGCAGAUUAGGCUGGCCUCUUCAUUUUGCCUGGCCCACCCAAGGUUCACAUAAUUUUUAUCUGAAUGCAUUCUUUUAUAAUCUCUUGAAGGCCUGUGGUCUUGAACUAACAGCAGGGAUUCAGUUCAGUUCUACUAACGUGGGCAGAAAUUGCAGAUUCCCGUAGCUCCUGGCCUCCGUCUCUCCUGUUUAUCUCCAUUUGCUCUUCCGAGUACACUGCAUCUCCCCAACGUUGUCCACCACCCGCCUCUCCAUCACCAUUACCUUCUCUAAGCUUGGGAGAGGCGGGUCAGAAGGCUGCCUGGACACCCAGCAUGGUGACCGUGCCAGUUCUCUCACUUCAUCCCAUCUGCAUCGGUGGCUCUCCUGCAAAAACAUGGGGAAAAUGAUAGGUAGCAAAGAAAAGACAAGGAAAAAACGUGAAAUGCCAGCUGAAAGCAAGCCAAGCAUCUGAAUAGAAAUGACGUUUUAUAAACCAAAGGGAGGUCAUUACCUCUUGGCUGUUUGCACAACGUGGAGCAAAAUAAU